CAGCGAAUUAAAAGCCGCACUCUUGGUCAUAACCCAUAUCUUUUAAAGCUACAAGAAUGAGAGGAGGUGAUCCUGCUCCAGCUGCAGCCCUUAAACCAGGAGGAGCCACAAACUCGGGGAGAGUUGAGGAUAGAGGACAGUCACUAACACACUGAUCGUGGACUCUGUGUUUUCAGAAUCAUGGGUCUAAGGAGAGCAGCAAUUUGCUCACCAAAUACAAUCCCCAGUUCAUAUAAGUGAUGGUUCUUAGCCAUAUAAGUUGGCUUGGCCUGUUGGUGAAACUGAAGCGUCUUUUAAGAUCAUAAGAUCUUUAACAGUGUUAAUGCUUUACGAAAGUAACCCUGAAGUAUUUUAUCAUCUAUAUGUGGCCGCGAUGAGGCUUGAUCUUCAGAAAUGUUACAUGAAGGAGAAGUAUACCAUGAAACGACAACGAAACUCUUUUUUUAUGAAUUCUCUCAAAAACCUAAAUUCGUGGAUUAUUGGUCGGCAGUCAAGGUGAAGAUAAACAGUUCUGAGUUAUUGGAGCUUACUUAUCCUUCAGAAGAAGACAGUUUCAAUGAACCAGAAACUGUGAUAGACUUUAUUAAACACUUGUACUAUCAAGUUAUAUCAUCUUCAAAAUCAUCAGCAUCUGAAUUCAACAUAAGUAUUGAAUGUUAUGAUCGUAAAAUUUGUUUCAAAGUAAAACCAACGACGCCUUCUACGAAGUACAUUGUUACUGUAACACGACAGUCAUUUGAACCAAAGUUGAUUUUUCUGUUUGGGGCUGGAAUUAUCCUGUUCCUUUGUGCAAGACACAUUAGCAGAAGUGAACAAUUUUAUUAUUGUGCAGGAGUUACGCUGGGAAUCUUUGCAACAUUAGUCCUUAUCCUCUUAGCAUGUAGAAGGCUGCUGCAAAAAAGAACAUUCUUGUUGUUAAUUAUUCCAAGUUGGUCAGCCUCAGCCUUCCUGAUUUAUUUCAGUAUUGUAAACCUAUCCCAAUAUCGGAAAUAUUUAUUUGGUUACCUUUUUGUGGUUGGUUGCCUUAGUUAUGCUGUUUGCUAUAGGCAUGGACCAUUGUCAGAUAAACGCAGUAUAAACCUGCUCACCUGGACCCUACAGUUGGUAGCAUCACUGUUGAUAUACCGUGGUGUUACAUGCAGUCAGUGUGCUUAUACUGUCAUUGUCAUUCUGUUAUGUGUAAGCAAUGUUCAUCACCCAGUUAAUUUGAUCCACUACAUUUACAGAAAAAUUAAACAAGUGAUUAAAAAGCCACGAGUUUACUUCCUCACUGAAGAUGAGUACAAGGAACAAACAGAAAUGGCCACUAUAAAGGCUCUUGAGGAACUGCGUAGAUACUGCAAGGGUCAGAGUUUUCCUACAUGGGAAAUAGUCUCAAAAGUCAGUUCUCCGAAAAGACUUGCAGACUUCAUCCUAGGAGCUCAUCAUCUUACACAAGAGGAAGUGCAGAACCAUGAGGAACAGUAUGGAAUUGGAGGUUCCUUUUUGGAGGCCCAACUCUUUGCCACAGAGGAGAUUAAUGAUUCAGCCUUGGAGAAUGGGGUAGUGAUGGCUGCAGAUGAAGAACAUGAAGUUGAUGAGAUAAUUAAUUAAUUUGCCUCACUUACAUCUCACUUCAUAUUCUGAGCUUUACUAUGAUUGGGAACAGACUAAUACAGCAAAAUACAAUGCGAGAAAUGUUUGAGUACUGUCAUUGCUGACCUCGAUAUCUCUGAGAAGUGGAUGCACAAAAGGAGACCAAGGAACCCGUGAAUUAUGCUGCAUAAUGAAUACUUAGAACUCAUUGAGUUUGUACUUUUUUAAAGGAAAGUUUGUGCUAAAUGAGUAUAGUAAUCCUAGUGAGUAGCUAAUUUUUUAUGUGACUUGGCUGGUAAUUAGAGCAACAAUUCUAGCCCUCUGCCAGGCUUAGCAAUUUUUCUAAGCACUAGUGCCUAUAAUCUUUGUUCCAUUCCUAAUGAAAUAGUUCAUUGUGACCCAUGCACCUAUGAUAAAGUAGCUGCAGAAGUGGAAAACCUAGAUGGCCCCUCUCCAGCCACAUUCAGGAGUAGUGGCUUGUUUUUCAGAUUGUUUGCUAAAAGGGCUUAGAGAUGAAUUUUAACAUCUUGGAAAAUCCAAUUUGGGGCAGUUUUGGUAGUCUUUGAUUACACAUCAUUCCAAUUCAUUAUUGAAAGACUUUCAGUUGAAGCUGAGACAAUGAGGCCAUCUACACUACAAGCACAAAGAAGACAAGCUUUGACAUAAAUGGCUGCAGACUAAAGUCCCAAAGAUUGUAGUCUUUUUAUAGUGCCUAGUUGGAUUUCUUCCCUUUAGUGAGAGUUUCAGUCUUUAAGCAUGGAAGAUGAAGAAACAAGGAAAACUAGGCAUCUGAUGUUCUUGCUACCAACACCCAGCCGGUUAAUUGCAGGGCUGCAUUGAUGGGUUAGUUAUAAUCAGCAGUUCAGACCAUCCUGUCCUCAGUUUGUGUAACAAGCAGCUCCACAUGACAGAUAUAGAAAGCAAGUAGCAUGGAACUGAGGUGGAAACUGCAGGUUAGGUUAAUUGUGAUAUUUAAGGGGAACACAACAUAGUAAUAUAAAUAUUGUUUCCUUGUUCAGGAUAGACAUUUUUUAAAUUGUGAAAACAAAGAUUAGAUUAAUAUGUGAGAUAAUUAUUGUAUUUAAACAUGUAGCAUUAACCAUGUAACUGACUUCAAUAUGCACAUUUUAACAAAAUGAAUUUUAAUUAAGCAGUACAAUGUUAUUUUGUUAAUUCUACAUCCAAAUCAGGUUUGAAAAAAGGUUUGUUUUUAUUUGAAGAUUUAAGGGAAAACCAGUCUGAGAUGGGACUUGUUCUAGGUCACAGUGCUCUGAGUAAAAUUGGACUAAAAGAGUGCUUUACAGUAGUCUUAAAUUAAUAUUAUUUAAAUGUACUUUCCUGUAGGCAGGGGAAGCUUGCUUUUUGAUUUUUGAUUCUCUCCCUGUGGACAAGCACCUUGUCUUGUGUUGACUGGAAGCCUGCAGUGGAGAAAUGUGCAUAAGUGUUUUGUGAUUGUGCACAUUCAAGCACGUUGAACUUUUUGGUGGUGGGGGUGGAAACUAACAAAAAAAUCAAUCUUGUACUUUUCAAUAAGGAAUUCUUCAUUCAAAAGAUUGAAGAUAUAUGUGCAAAAUUGGAAUCUCACCAGGAACUUCCUUGAGCAAAUGCUGCUCAAAAUAUCAACUUAAACUCAAAUGUGAAGUUGAAAUUCAAAUUACAAUCGGUUUAGAGUAGAUGCUCUGACCAUUUGCCCAUUUUAUUUCCUGUUUGGGAAGUUCACCUGCUUUUACCUCACAGUGUUCAUCCUGUUAAAUUAAAGCUCAAGUUUGCACUCCUACGUAAAUAUAAAGAUGUGAAAUCCCAUUAUUCAUUUCAUGAGUAGAGCUUAUGCAUAUGGGAGAAAUAAUAUUUUAAUCAUUGUCCGGUUCCUUCAAGCAUAUUUUAAGUUUAGAUUUCAGUCCACUGUCUCCCUCCUUCCCUUAGUUGUUCUUAUAAGUGAAGUCUAAGUCAGAAUUUCACUCCCAAGUGGUAUACAGUUUAUUACAAAAAAUGGAACUGCUUUUCCUCUUGUUUCAAAUUAAGACUAUAGUUAGCCUACCUAGUAAUGUUAGCUGAUCUGAAAAGAUUAUUGAUAUUGCUUGUGAGAAGAAUUGAUUCUUAAUUGUACUACACGCUUCAUAAGUAUCUGACUUUGAAGAAUAUGCAGUAAUCAUUAUACGGGUUUAAUUUAUGUGAGGCUGUUAGAGAAUGUGGUUUGCUUUUUUAAAAAAAACAAUUUUAUUAAAACUUGUUCAGGUACUAUCAAGUGAUUUCCACGUAUAACCAAAAUAUGCAUAUCAUUCCAUGGCAUAGCUCAUGGUAGAUGAAAUGAUAGUUUGUGUUUGUUCCAACUGGCUAAGAGGGGUUACAACACAAGUUCUGGAGUGAGCAAGAUGAGCAGGCAUUGUUUCAAAAAAACAUUUUAUAGCUAACAGCCCCCUCAUGUGGAGGGACUAUAAAUGGGUACUUCCAUUACAGCAUUUCCCAUCGAUUUCAAUGGACUGGACAACUGAAUGAGUUUUAAAAUACAGCCAUUUAUCAAUGCAGUCUUAGUGGUUUAAGAUUGGUGUUUUCUCAUUUCUUGCAAAAUAUGUAUUUUUAUUUAAAAAUGACAAUCGAGUUCAUUUGAAUUGCUUAGUAAAAUGCAAUAAAAAUC